AUGUUUGCAAAGCUAAAGGGUCUCUUUAGCGGCCCGCAGGUGCCAGAGGGCUCUGGGACUACUAGCAAAGCCCCUGACCCAGCUCCAACUCCACCUCCGCCUCCAGCCAAGGAGGAGAAGCCAGCUGAGAAGGAGAAUGAAGACACGAAAGUGGACAAACCACGGGAAUCAGCUCCAUCACCGGCACCACCCCCAGCCCCUGAACCAGCACCAUCAGUGGCCCCGACACCAGCUACGGCCCCAGCUCCAGCCCCAGCUACGGCCCCAGCUCCAGCCCCAGCCCCAGCUCCAGCCCCAGCCUCGGCUCCAGCUCCGGCUCCUCCACCAAACCCUGAUCAAGCUGGAGCUGAGGGAGAGGAGGGGGUCCCCCCUCCACCUCCCCCCAUAGUCAUCAACAAGUACUCAGAUGAGCACCUCAGAGCCAUAAUCACAAAGAUGAGAGAAAGAAAGCAGCUCUUCAAGGAGAAAGUGAUUGAUCAGUAUGCUUCAUCCCCUGAGAUAACCCCUCCUGUCACGCCACUGCUACGCAAAGACGACUAUAACAGAGUCAUAGAGGAAAGGAAACAACAGGCAGAGGAGGCGCGGAUAAAGAAGGAGGAGGCGGACAAGAAGAAAAAAGAGGAGCAGGAGAAGAAGAAAAAGGAGGAUGAGCAAAAGAAAGCAGAACAAAAGGCGGCAGAGGCCGAAAAGCAGGAGGAGAAGAAGAGUAUAACAACCAGGAUAUCCGAGGCAAUGUGGUCAGUGGUGGACACCGUGCUGAAGCCACUCGAGGACCGGAUGGACUCUGUGUUUGGGCAAACCAUAGACCCUUUCACGGACCGUCGCUACAUUGCAUGGCUAAGCUUGGUGACUGUGGCCUUUAACUACAACACGUGGUUCAUCACGGCCCGCCUGUGCUUCCCCUACCACACUGAGAUCUCCAUCCCUUACUGGUUCACCCUGGAUGUGUUGGCUGACAUCAUCUACCUGGCAGACUCUGUCGUCUUCCAGCCCCGCAAACAGUUCGUCAAAGGAGGAGACAUCAUUAAAGACAGAGUGAUGACAAAGAAGCACUACAGAGAUUCAGAGAGAUUCCUGGCGGACGUGGUGUCAGCCUUGCCAUUUGACUUGUUGUACAUCCAAUUUGGAUUCAAAUCUGCCUUCAGACUCAAUCGUCUACUGAAGAUGGACACGUUUUUUGAGUUCAGUGAUCGUCUAGAGAGCAUCAUGGCCAAGGCUUACAUCUGGAGAGUGAUUCGCACCAUUGGCUAUCUGCUCUUCAUGCUCCACCUUAAUGCCUGCUUCUACUACGUGGCCUCAGAAUAUCAGGGCAUUGGUAAAACCAAAUGGGUCUACUCCGGCCUAGGCAGCGCGUACCUGCGUUGUUACUACUUUGCUGUCCGCAGUCUGAUCAACAUCGGGGGUCUAAGUGAACCCGAAACCGUCUUUGAGAUUACCUUUCAGAUGACUAACUUUUUCACGGGCGUCUUUGUGUUCUCCAGUUUGAUUGGACAGAUGAGAGAUGUCAUUGGUGCAGCGACAGCAGCACAGACUUACUUCCGUUCUUCCAUGGACAACACUGUGGAGUACAUGGUGACCAAUAACAUCCCGUCUUUGGUACAGAACCGAGUCCGCACCUGGUACACCUACACCUGGGACGCUCAGGGCAUGCUGGAUGAGUCCGAGCUGCUAGAUAAGAUGCCUCUAGUGAUGAGAACAGCCAUUGCUGUGGACAUCAACCUGGCGACCUUCCAGAAGAUUGAUCUUUUCAAGGGCUGUGACCAGCAGAUGUUAGUGGACAUGUUGCUGAGGCUCAAGUCAAUCAUUUAUCUGCCCGGAGACUUUGUCGUGAAGAAGGGUGACAUCGGUAAAGAGAUGUACAUCAUCAAAGGUGGAGCGGUGCAGGUGGUGGGAGGACCCGACAACAGCAUCGUGUUUGUCACACUAAAAGCUGGUUGUGUUUUUGGGGAAAUCAGUCUCUUGCAGUCCUCCAAAGACGGAGGGAACAGGCGCACAGCUAAUGUCAAAGCAUACGGCUUCGCUAACCUCUUUGUCCUGGAGAAGAAAGACCUGUUUGAUAUUCUGGUUCAUUACCCGGAGUCACAGAAAGUGUUGGCCAGGAAGGGCAGGAAACUAAUGAAGGCCAAAGGUCCAGCAGCAGCUAAAGCUGAAGAAGAGAAGAAAAAAGGACUGGCGCUGUUCGGACCCAAACCCCCCACACCCAAACUGCUGCGCGCUUUCGGCGGGACCAUUAACAGAAAGUUUAUCGACAAAGUGAAGACUUCCAGUAAUGACUAAGGAGCAUGGAAAGUUUUUUUUUAAUAACUCCUCUUUUGGAGUGAAGAAAAUGUAUCUCUCAUGGAAAUGAACUCGUUUCUGUUGAAAGCACCUUUCAGAUAUUAGUUUUACUGCUCUGUGCGAUAAGGUCAUUCUGUCUAUUUAAUAAUAAGAGCAAGCCAAGACCAUCUGUGUACCUCAACUACUGCCCCUAGCGGACACUGCUAUGUAUAUACUUCGUUCAUAUGGUUUUUAUACAGUAUAAUUGUUUUUUUUCCCCACUGUACAGUACGAGUGGAAGCCUCCCUGAGAUUAUCCGUCAGU